AUGUUCCCAACUUUGGAAGACAAUCUUCUCUCUCGACAACCAGACGCUCUUGCCAAACACAUCCCCGGUAAUGGACAUGCUUCUGGUUCUGUUCAUCUGAAGCACGAGAUGAUAUACGGUCCCCAUCCUAGCAUGAACGCCACACACCCAGCCCACAUGGACUCCAUAGAAUUAAUGGAACCUCUAUGUUCUCCCUCUCUGCCACCAUUACCGUCCGAAACCAACAAUGGACAGAUGAGAAGUACGUUCUAUUCACAUUCUAUGACCAACAUGCCUCCACAGCAAACUAUCCAUAGCCACAGUAUCCACCAUAAUCACCACCCUUAUAGAGGAGGGUUGCCUACGCAUACAUUCGAAAGGAUCCAGAACGACGAUGUGGACCCUCGUGAUCUCGAGGCCUUUGCUGAACGCUUCAAGCAGCGUCGCAUAAAGCUUGGAGUGACUCAAGCCGAUGUCGGCAGAGCUCUAGUUCACCUGAAACUCCCUGGUGUAGGUACUUUGUCCCAGAGUACCAUCUGUAGAUUCGAGUCCCUCACUUUGUCCAGGAAUAAUAUGCUGGCCUUAAAACCUGUCCUACAGUCAUGGCUGGAAGCGGCUGAGUGCCAGGCCAGAGGUAAGAAGAGAGACACACCAUUUGUGUUGCCACCAGCUGAUAGGAAAAGGAAAAGAACAUCCAUCGCGGCACUCGAAAAACGUUCUCUAGAGGCUUACUUUGCAGUGCAACAAAGGCCGAGUGGGGACAAGAUAGCUUCCAUUGCCGAAAAAUUGGACCUUAAAAAGAGUGUCGUCAGAGUGUGGUUCUGCAAUCAGAGACAGAAACAAAAAAGAAUGAAAUACUCGGCAAGUCAAAACAUCAACUGA